AUGAGCGAAUUUCAGCCGAACAAGAGCUCUGGUACGGAGUACCGGUUAUCUGUGAGCAGCAACCCGAAUUCGAGGAGAUCGUCCCUUGUGGGCCAUAAAGACACAUACAACACGCGCGCAAGCAGUCUACCGCACGAUGGGAAGGCCAAUUUUGAGGACGACGACGCAAAUUUGCUGGACAAAUAUCUGAGACCGCAACUGAACGACUUACACGAUUCUGUGGUGACUAUGGAUGAUAAUUUCCUGAGACUGAACAAUAUACACGAGAACCUAGUAGAUUUGAACGAGUCAUUUGGGUCCUUGCUGUACGGUAUCAUUGUAAACUCUGCAUGUAUUAACUUUGCCGGGUUUCCGACAGACACACGAGAGCAAUUGGAGGUGGCCAAGGCGCUACACUCUAUCCAGCAAGAAAAGAGAGCACUGUUGGAAGAAUUGGACGCUCUGCAGAAACCAGAGACGGUCAAACCAGGUUCUUCAAACAGUGGGGUUAAUAGCGGUACUGGGGUCAAGAGAGGACAGUUCAGUCAACCUAUAUUUACCACUGCGCAAGCGAAGAGAAUAACUGCGAAGAGUAACGGCAGAGGAGUUGUGAAACGUGCAGCAACGGACAACCAACGGAACAGAUUCUCCCGUACCCGGUAUAACGACGAAAACAGCAACAGACAAGCGACCACCGCGGGGACGGCCGAUGCUGACAACGACGACGACGAUAACAGCAGUGAGGCUUCCUUCGUCCUGAACCCAGGGCGCGACGACCAGAGCCAGUACACCUUCGAUGACUCUGGCACGGCAAACCCAUCCCGAAAGAUGAGAAGGAAGUCCGUGCUCAAUGUGGUGAGAAACAGCGUCAACACAAACGAGAGACCGCCUCAAUUGGCAAGGAGAUCACAUACAAUGGGCCCUCAGCCCUCGAGGGCACCAGACGGCCGACGCUCGAUCGGAGGCCGCGGACCGAUGCGGAGAGUGCACAAUCCUGCAGCGGCACCAUCUGGACCUGCGCCGGGCCCGAGAAACUCGGUACAGGGGAACACCGCCGUACGAACAACUUCGAGACCGAAGUCAAUUGACAAGAGACCGCCUUUCAGGUGA